AUGACGACCAACAUAGUAGUAGUGAGGAGAACAGUUGUAGCACUUGCUGCUCUGCUAGUAGCGAUGCUGCUGCUGAUGCUCCCGCCGUUUGGUGGCGCUGCAGCACCAGCAGCCACUAGGUUUCUGGGCAGUAAUAAUAGCUGCACCAGGAGAUGCGGCAACAUCAGCAUCCCUUACCCGUUCGGCAUCGAGCCCGGCUGCUACCACGCCGCCGGCUUCAACCUCACCUGUGACCGCUCCCACCACCAUCAUCAGCCACCCAUGCUGUUUCUCGCUGACGGCUUGCAAGUGCUUGAGAUCUCCAUUCCCAACGCCACGGUGCGUAUCAGCAUCCGUCCGAAAUCUAUCAUUGACAGAGCUCAUUCUAUGGUGAAUGAAACAUGGAGGGUUGACCUCACACAGAACGGGUCAUACCCGUACCUCCUGUCUGACUCGUACAAUAUGAUAGAUGAUGCUGGCUGCGAGUUGCCUAGAAGGCCCAACGAACUCAUGUCUUGCACUGCUGUCAAUAUGCCAAAUAUAGGUGAUGGUAACUAUACCAUGGGCUACUCUUUGUACAGCAUCCAUAUAGGCCACUCUUUCUAUAACAUCCAAAUCCGCAGGCUUAGUGCAACAAUCGAUCUUGUCGGUUUGAUCGACGUAACUGAUCUGGAUUAUUAUAAUUAUACCUAUUGGCAUCCUGAUGAUGAUGAUGAACCGGUGUCGGUAAUGCUAAGCUGGAUUAUAGCUAAUCAUUCCUGUCCUACUCGUGCAACUGCAAAUAUGUCUGCUCCGGAAUGCCUCAGUACCCACAGCAUUUGCCAAGACGCAUUUUCAUUGUUUUCUGCAAGUAAUGAUGACUCUGUUGCGUAUGGGUACACGUGUCAGUGCUCCCAUGCUUACCAAGGCAAUCCUUACGUCGCCGAUGGACCCGAUGCAUGCCAAGAUAUUGAUGAGUGCAAUACUCCAGAGAGUUACUCUUGCUAUGGUGAAUGCAAGAAUACCCCAGGAAGUUUUCUUUGCGUGUGCCCUGCUGGCUAUAUGGCUUUAAGCAUCGGACUAGGAUUAGGUGGUGGAACAAGCCUUUUACUAGCACUUGGUGCUCCUUUCAUAACACGUAAAAUAAAGUUGCAAAAGGUGAAAAAGAUGCGAGAGAAAUUUUUCAAACAAAACCAUGGGCUACUAUUGCAGCAGCUAAUAUCACAUAAUGCCGAUAUUGGAGAAAGAAUGAUCAUUACGUUAAGGGAGCUAGAGAAGGCUACUGACAAUUUUGACAACGAGCGUGUGAUCGGUGGAGGAGGGCAUGGUACUGUAUUCAAAGGAAUUAUAGACCUACAAGUUGUGGCAAUCAAGAAAUCAAGGAUUGUGGUGCAGAGAGAAAUAGGAGAAUUCAUCAAUGAAGUUGCUAUUCUUUCUCAAGUGAACCAUAGAAAUGUGGUAAAACUAUUUGGAUGUUGCCUUGAGGCAGAAGUCCCGCUACUAAUUUAUGAGUUCAUCUCAAAUGGAACUCUCUAUCAACAUCUCCAUGUUGAAGGACCAAUAUCACUACAAUGGGGUGAUCGAAUAAGGAUUGCACUUGAAGUUGCUAGAGCACUAUCCUAUCUACAUUCAGCUACUUUUAUCCCAAUAUUCCAUAGAGAUAUUAAGUCCUCCAACAUACUUCUUGAUGAUAGGUUAACAGCAAAGGUAUCAGACUUUGGAGCUUCAAGGUAUAUUCCAAUUGAUCAAACAGAAAUAACUACAGCUAUUCAAGGGACCAUUGGUUAUUUAGAUCCUAUCGAUAAUGAUAGUCUUGUUCCACAUUUUGAAAAGCUGCUAGCACAAGGCAACCUAUUUGGCAUAAUAGAUCCUCAAGUCAUGGAAGGCGAAGAUGGAGAAGUCCAAGAAGUAGCUAUACUAGCAUCAGCAUGUACUAAACUAAGGGGAGAAGACCGGCCUACGAUGCGAGAAGUGGAGAUGACACUUGAAAAUUUGCUAUCUAAGAAGCAUAUUGUUCCAUGCAUUACGGCACCAAGGACCCCUGAGGAUGAAACUAUAAUUGAAUACAUGCCUGAACGGAUAACAAAUGAAGCAAGCAGACAAUACACUAUGGAAGAAGAAACAUUUUUGUCAACAAGCUACGCUCGAUGA